UGGAUGGGGCUCUAAUCACCAGGAUAUUAAUACACGGAUACAGCAGCCAUGGCAGGAGGCGAGAGGCUGGACCUGCUCCUGGUCACCCUCCUCUUCACUCUUCUCACACUAACUGGGAGCGAGCAGAUAGAUCACUACACGCCGCAGCAAUGCACGGAUUUCCAGGUCUCUGGAAUAUUCCAGGAUAAUAAACUCCAGGUGAAGUUUCUCCUGUUUACGCCCCAGCACCCAGACUGCGGCCAAGUCAUCCACGUCAAUGGCUCGAACAGCCUCAAAGACUCGACGUUCAAUGCCACCCGUGAAACCAAGGUCGUCAUUCACGGCUUCAGGAUUUUGGGGUCAAAGCCCUCAUGGAUUGAAGACCUGGUGAAGUCACUGUUGGAAGCAUCAGGCGGGAAUGUGGUGGCGGUGGAUUGGGUGUAUGGUUCGACGGCCAAGUAUAACGAAGCCGUAGAUAACAUACCAAAGCUGAGUCAGGAAAUCGUGGACCUCAUUAAGGAAAUGAUGCUACUGGGGUCCACGGAGGAUUCUAUUCACCUGAUUGGCAUUAGCCUUGGUGCCCAUGUCGCUGGGAGAGUUGGGCAGGUCUUUAGUGGUCGUCUUGGGCAAAUUACAGGGCUGGAUCCGGCUGCAUUUAAAUUCACAAACGUUGAGAUGGAUUUGAGACUAGAUCCCAGCGAUGCUGUAUUCGUAGAAGCCAUUCACACAGACACAGACAAUUUCGGGAUCCGAAUCCCUGUAGGACACGUGGAUUUCUUUAUUAAUGGAGGCAGAGACCAGCCGGGCUGUCCGUCUCUGCGCAACUUGUAUAAAUACAUGAUCUGUGACCACAUGCGCUCGGUCAGUAUUUACACUAACGCUCUAUUCGGGAUCUGUUCCUACGCUGGAUUUCACUGCGCUAGUUACCAGGAUUUCCGUGAUGGGAAGUGCGUUCAUUGUCUGGACCCCACUCUGCCCUCCUGCCCACAAAUAGCCGGACGGGGGCCAGUAAUAAGGCAGAACACUACGAUGGUACCAAUGGCUUUCAUGAUGACCACAAGCAACGAGCCAUACUGCGCUCACCACAUUUUGCUGGAGUUUACAUUGGAGGAAACAGAAUAUCGUGAUUUUACCAUAGAGAUCCAACUGAUCAGUAAUCGUAGCACGAGCACCACCAGAAUGUCCAUAUCUAAAAACACAGUGCAAGGGAGAAGUGUGAUCGCCCACCAAGACCGGCUCUGCCUGAUUCAUACACUAGUUUUGCGGAUUACUAAAUCAUUGUCCAGUCUCUGGAGGAGAGCGUUGGAUGUCAGUGGAACGUUGUGUAUUUCGGAGCUGCCGAGUUACAGGAAUGAGAUCUGUCUGCCCGAAACUGUGAAACUUAUAGGAAACGCUCGGCAAUAUUAUGACUUUAGUAUUCACAGAAAUAAUACCUGUCCGAAUAAUUAGCUGAACUGGCAAUGUAUUAUCCAGAGAAUCUGAGGCCUACUGGCACUACAACCACCGCAGCCCGAGGGUGCAAGGAAGCCCCGAUGUCAUUAUAUAAAUGUAUGAAAUUAUUGUAUCCGCAGUCACAGGAUGUCCUGGAUGGAUGCAAGAUGUAACACAGCUGUAUGGUUUAGUGAAUGGGCCCCUCAUUGAUCUUUGUUACUCUAAGACUAUGCAGUAGUUUUUAAAAAAUAUAUAUAUAUAUUUUUUUUUAAUAGAAAUUAACCAUAGAAAUAAACAUAUUUUACCAAGU